AUGGCCCUCAACCACCACAUCGCAACCAUCACGCCAACCCUUCAAAUCUCCUACCUCGACACCCAUCCUCCCAACACAAACGUACCCUCCGCGGCAAGAACACUCCUGCUUCUCCACGGCUUCCCGCAAACCUCUCACCAAUUCCGCCAUGUCAUCCCCUUACUCGCAGCUCAAGGCUACCGCUGCAUCGCCCCCGACCUCCGAGGAACAGGAUCCUCCACCGCCCCCACGAACGACUUCCUCAAAACAACCCUAGCCCAAGACCUCCUCGCCCUCCUCGACCAUCUGCACCUCCCAUCCCCAAUCCACAUCAUAGGCCACGACAUCGGCGGCAUGGUCGCCUACGCCCUCGCCUCACGCCAUCCCCACCGCGUCCGCAGCGUCAUCUGGGGCGAAUGUCCCCUCCCGGGAACGGAGACAUAUCGCUUAGAUCGCACGGUCCCCUCGCGAACGACGCAGCAAUUCCAUUUCGUGUUCCACACCGUCCCGGAUCUCGCGGCGAUGUUGGUGCAGGGGAAGGAGAAGGGGUAUGUGGAGCAUUUUUUGAGGAAGAUAAGUUUUAGGAGGGAUGUCUUCCCGGCCGAAGAGGACAUCUCUUUCUACGCCGACGAGUAUGCGAAGGAGGGGGUUAUGAGGGCUGCGAUGGGGUGGUAUGCUGCUUUUGAGACGGAUGCGGAGGAAAAUUUGGAGUGGGUGAGGAGGGAGGGGAAGUGUGCUGUGCCGACGAUGGUGUUGAGUGGGGAGAGGAGUUGGCAGAGGGAGGAGGCGGAAGGGAUGGUGAGGGAGGUUACGGAGGAUGGGGUGGUGGAGGUGGGUGUUGUGGAGGGGGUGGGGCAUUAUCUUGCUGAGGAGGGGCCGGAGGAGUUUGUCGAGGUGGUGUUGGAGUUUCUAGGGAGGCAUUGA